CUCAUUUCACAGAAGAAGAAUUUUUCUUUUCGGAAACAGAUCCCGACAAAGCGGCCCUAUUUCUUUUCACCCCGAAAAAGUCGAAUUAUCCGAAAACCGACGAUGUACGCCAGGACAAAUACCGGCAGCACACACGGAGACUUUCAAGAUAGAAACGGAGUAAAUUAUGUGACAUCAACAGAGUCUUUCGGCCACUGCUCUCAAUUGUUCUGGAAAAAGGAUCCCAACGACUCCGGACCGAGUUCGACCAUCAGCUGGUGCGAUCAGCUCCCCACGUCCUCGGCAGCCCUCUCCAGUUCCAGUCUCUCCUCAGCGUCACUCUCCAGCUCCAGUCUCUCCUUGGAGUCCCGAGCACCGGCGCCAGCAGUGACAGACGACAUGGAUUCCGACGAGAGGCCGUACGCCUGCGACAUGUGCACCUGCGCCUACAAGCAUGCCAGCUCCCUGCUCAACCACAAGCUCACCCACAAGACUGGAGACUUCAGGUGCGACUUUUGCAGCAAGCCCUACACCAAUUACAUGUCCCUGCGCAACCACAUGCGAAUCCACGGUCAGAAGCGCUACAUGUGCGACCUGUGCGGGAAGGCCUUCCGUCUGGCCCGGUACCUCCGUAACCACCAGAGGAUCCACGACGACGGGCCCAACCGCUUCGACUGUCCCUCCUGCUGUAAGAGCUACCGGACCAUGCUGGAGCUGGCCCAGCACCGCUGCACUGCUGCUGCCACAACCAACCAGAACCGGUUCAACUGCCCGUCCUGCUUUAAGAGCUACAGAACCAUGCUGGACCUGGCCCAGCACCGCUGCAGCGCCGCGGCCAAAAACCAGUCUGGUGGUCGUCGUUCCAAUUAUGGCAGCGGGCAUCGCCGGCAGCAGCAGCAGCAGCAACAACAGCAGCAGCAGCAGCAGCAGAACAGGGCCAAUGCCAUGAUGCAACCGCCGCAUGGGGGACACGGGCAGCAGGAGCCUCUGCCGUCCCACUGCGUCUCCCCCAUGUCCCAGGGAGUUGUGACCAGCCAGUCUGACCCGCACCAGCAGGGCCGCCCCAGCUCGGUGUCCUCCCAGAGCAGCCAGCAGAGCAUGAGGAGCACGUCCUCCAACAAACACAUCUCUUCCUCCAGUGCCACCCCGUCCUCCUCCUACUCCCUGCUCCAGCCCCUGGUACCUGAGGUAAAGGAGCUGAGCUCGGGAUACACUAGGCUGAGCGCCAACCCCAUGCCGAAGCACCAGGACACUUUCUCUCUGGCCCCCCAGCGUCCCCUCACCACCAUCAACCCCAUCGGCCACUCCCUCCAUCCGAACGGAGCGUCCACGCUCAAGCCUUCCCCGGUGCCACGCACCAUCCAGGCCAUGCCCUGGGAGCAGCGCUCCCUCUACAAUCAAUGAGACCCUCGGGAACCAGCCCCCCCCCCCCCCCCCCCCCCCCCCCCCCCCCCCCCCCCCCCCCCCCCCCCCCCCCCCCCCCCCCCCCCGCCCCCUUCACGUCACGUCCACCAUCACCCCCACACACCCUCCUCAUUCUCCCCACCCCUUUUCGGACCCAGCAUCAAGGAGGGAGGACUUUGGACGCCCCUCCACCGCCUCACCUUUCCGUUAGAACGUUGUGUUUGGGAUUGGAGAAGGGCACCAUUGAGAACUAGUUGAGAUUGAUUACUGAGUAGUUAGGUUUAAAAAAAAAAAAAAAAAAAUGAAAAAAAUGAUGUGUUGCCUUGACCCUCCUGUAUGAUCUAUGCCAUGUACUGGAUAUAAGUUAAAAUGUCUGUCCCCUAAUCUGUCCUCUCACUAAGAAUUUAUCUCCCUGCCUCCUCUCCCACUCUACUUAUGAAAAUAUCUAUCCUUCCCAUUAUGAAUAGUGUCUCUUCCUCCCCUUUUCUCCACGUGUGAAAUGAAACGAAAGGCUAUUUUUAUCAAGAGUGUUCCCAACCCUGAACGAGGGAUUCUAAGGCGCCAAGUUGUCAAAAGUAAAUUUGACAAAAAUUCUCCCUUCAAUCUGAUAUGUUUCUGAACAUAAAACCCAACGUUUAAGUCAAAUGAGGCUUCUAGAAGGAGAAGGGGUAACUUUAUUUCUAUGUACCCCUUUCAACAUGCUCCAGAAUGAAGAUUGUGUAUAUUGUACGUUAGGAGGUGUCAUGAGUAUUUCCGAAAGCCAUUCUUGUUUUUUUAUUUUAUUUUAUCCGUUCCUCCCUGACGUCCCCACACCUGUCAUCUCCAAGCAUCCACAGCGAGGACCACGACACGACGGCAGCGAACCCGGCCGCCUGCUCUGCGGGACGGGCUGUUUUCGUUGAAAAAGGACCUGGAUGUUAACCAGCCGCAACCACCCUCAAGGACCAUAUGGUGUGGUUACCUUCUCUUAACACACAACUGAAAGCUCACCUUUUUUUCUUCUAAAGAACUUGCAUCCGACUGGUGGCUUGUUGUUAUUGUAGUUUUAAUAAUCUGUUGGCUGGGAAUCAAAUCUAGAAGAUAAACAGUACAAGUCU